AUGAGUACGGCCAAUGAUUCAUCGAUUUCCCUUCAGGAUGGCGAAUGCAAGGAAAGCACGGAAAAACGGUUGACUGGCCAACGUCUCUCCUUCUCUUGGGAAAGGUUUCCAUUCUCUCGAACGGAUACCAUCUUCGUCGAGUUCCCAGACAUGUACGGAGACGGUUACUCUGGAAUGAGGAUAGGCGAUAUCUCUUCUCAGCCAACGUUGGUCAAACAAAUGAACGUUUGUGACUCCUUCCGGACAAAUGACCUCGUACAGCGAACUAGUCACCCAAAUUUGGUGAACCUCACGGGCAUGUCAAGGACUCGGAACGAGGUUUUUUUCAGUUAUGAGAGAACAGGGCCCUCCUUGACAAAGUUGCACGCAUUCAUCAAGGGAGAUGCGGUGGCAGUGGCCACUAUUUGCAUAAAGAUUUUACACGGCUUGAUUUAUAUCAAUGAAUCCCUCAACAUUUCUCACGGCAACUUAAAUUGUGACACAGUGUAUGUCAGUGAAGGUGGUGAAGUUCAAAUUGGAGAUAUUGGCAGAAGCAUGUUACUGGGUGAGAGGGAUAAUUUUGCUCGUGACAUAGAAGCUGUUUAUAGUAUUGCAGCUACCCUUCUGGAUUUUCCUAGCAACGUGAAGCUUGUCCACAUGUCAGGUCUAGCGGCUGAUCAAUUCAUGAAAAUGCCACUUAGAAUAUCUCCCAAGGAGCUUCUCAAGCACCCAUUUUUGCGACUUGGCCAAGAGUCAUGGUAUCUGUCUCACCUUGGUUUAUUACACUCUUAUUAUCUCCAGACCCAGUCACACAUUGAAUCUACAGAAGGGGAAGAAACGGGAAACGAUGAAAAUACAAGCGAAUCCGAAAACUAUUCGAAGAUGCUAGCUAGCUAA